GCCUAAACCUGCGUCAUGUUCUUGGAAAUUGUUGUGCUGCUGCUAACGGCUCUCGGGUUCUGGAACUACUUGAAUACGCGACGGCAGAAGCGAAUGAUAGAUGAGGCUGGCAUCAAGGGCCCCGUAGAGCUGCCGGUGCUGGGCAAUGCACCAGUCUUAAUGAUGGGCGAGUCCGCCAAGACCAUGCUGGACUUGGUAUCGCGUCUGAUUGCAAAAUAUGGUAAAAACGUCAAAUUGACCCUGCUGCACGAGUAUGGCUUCAUCACGGCCGAUGUGCGAAUGAUGGAGGCCAUUUUGAGCAGCCAGCAGACAAUAACCAAGAACAGUUUGUACAAUCUGCUGCAAUACUGGCUGGGAAAUGGCUUGCUGCUGAGCACCGGCAAGAAGUGGUUCAGACGCCGCAAGAUCAUCACGCCCACGUUCCACUUCAAGAUUCUCGAGCAGUUUGUCGAGGUCUUCGAUCAGCAGAGCGCCAUUAUGGCCGAGAAACUGUACGAUCGAGCCGAUGGCAGGACUGUGAUCAACAUGUUCCCCGUCGCCUGCCUCGCGGCCCUCGACAUCAUAGCCGAAACAUCGAUGGGCGUGAAGAUCAAUGCGCAACGCGAGCCCGACUUUCCCUAUGUGCAGGCCGUGAAGACUGUGUCCAGCAUCAUGGCCGAGCGCUUUGUGAGUCCGCUGCAGCGGUUCGAUGAAACCAUGCGCAUAUUCUACCCGCUGCUCUUCCGCAAGCUGAACCGCAAUAUCAAGGCCAUGCAUGACUUUACUGACAAGGUGAUUGCAGAGCGUCGCGCUACCCUGCAAAAGACUCUCGAGGAGACCACUCAAAGUGCCGACGACGAGGACGUGGGCAGCAAACGGCGCAUGGCGCUACUGGAUGUCCUGCUGCAGUCGACGGCCGAUGGCCAGCCACUGAGCAACCAGGACAUUCGCGAGGAGGUGGACACAUUCAUGUUUGAGGGUCACGACACGACGACCAGUGCCAUCUCCUACACUCUGUACCUGCUGGCCAGACAUCCCGAGGUGCAGGCGCGCGCCUUCCAGGAGAUCGUCGACGUCAUCGGCACCGACAAGGCCAAGCCGACGACCAUGCGGGAUCUGGGCGAGCUCAAGUAUCUGGAGUGCGUCAUUAAGGAGUCGCUGCGCUUGUACCCACCAGUGCCCAUGAUUGGCCGCCAUUUGACAGAGGAUGUGACGUUGAAUGGAAAGCGUUUCGCAGCCGGCACAAACAUCAUCCUGAUCAUCUACAACGCACAGCGCGAUCCAGACUUUUUCCCCGAGCCCGAAAAAUUCAAUCCGGAUCGCUUUAGCACCGAGAACAACGGCAACAUCGAUGUCUUUGCAUACGCGCCCUUCUCGGCGGGUCCGCGCAACUGCAUUGGCCAAAAGUUUGCCAUGCUCGAGAUGAAGAGCACCGUUAGCAAAAUGCUGAGACACUUCGAGCUACUGCCACUGGGCGAGCCUGUGCAGCCGAUCAUGAAUCUGAUCUUGCGCUCGACAACUGGCAUUAAUAUGGGACUCAAGCCACGCACUUAUUGAACGAUGACUUGCAAUCGAGUUUUACUUUA